AAACAUGAACAAUACGCCAUGACGACCGUCAAUCGUGCAGCGCAGCACAUAGACGCCCCGAAAUCAACACCCUAAAUUGACUAUAAGUGCUACUCGAUCUGGAAGGUGAGCUCUCGUUUCACUUCACUGCUCAUUAAUGUACGAGGCAGUCGAGACGAGGUCGCAGUGAGCUCGCUUGCUGGUGACCUAUCAGGCUGUAGGGACACACUCACGAAACAGACUACAUGCGAAGCUGCGCCAGAACUAAGGCGAACCGGCAGGCACAAUCACUGUUAUCCUUAGGCAUUCGGCGAAGAUCAAAGUUUUGACGACCUUCUACCUGGCCUCGAAGAGCAGAAUUGAUGAGGAGAGCAUGACAUGGCGAAAACAGCAUCAUCUGACAUUCCACGUUUAUCCUGGCAUAUUACAUACAACAUUGAAAGUCGAGGGUGACGACGUGAAGGACGUCGCAAAUGCUCGCAGAAUACUUGAAGAGAUUUCGAAUGGAGUGGUCAUUGAGGAUGGCGGGAAAGUUGUUUGGUCUUCCGGGCUCAACAGCACUGGAGGCGUAUACAAGAAGCUCAAGUCAAUUGAGAAGGAUCUUUGCGUAGUUAUCGCGAGAGACAAAUCAAAACACCAACUACGCUUUCACGGGCCAUCUGAGAAACUUGAGCUUGCAAUCCGCCGCAUUACCGACAUACUCAGAGAGGAGGAGUCUUUCCCCGGCUACGAAAUCGACCUCAACCCUCACCAAUUUUCAUGGGCGAUCAAGGGGGGUUUUAAGAGCAUUGAGCAGGCCUUGGGCAACAACGUCCCGGUCUUCAAUGUGGUCUCAAGGAGCAUCAUCAUCAACGGUACACAGCAGCAAUGGGAAACAGCCGUGGCGGUCAUGGACGGCAAAAGUUCCAUUAUUGAGGUCGGCUCUCCAUCCGACAGUGCAACAACAGGGUCCGGGGAAGACUGUCCAAUUUGUUUUUGCGAAGCCGACACUCCCAUCCAAACCUCGUGCAAGCACACAUACUGCCUCGAAUGCUUGGAAGGAUACUGCAGAUCCGCCCCUUCGUCGACCACCAGCAAGAAUACCAACUUUUCAAUCAAGUGUCAAGGGGGUGGGGGCACUUGCACGACCAUCUUCACUCUACAGGAACUGAAGGGCCAUGUCUCCUCGUCCGCCUUUGACGAUCUUCUCAAAUCGUCCUUUGAAGCACACGUCCAACGCCACCCGGACACCUUUCGGUACUGUCCGACCCCGGAUUGUGGUCACGUGUACCGGUGCACUCCCACCGGUACGACCGCAAACUCGAUGGGGGCCGCCACGCACACCUGUCCGAAUCGCCUCGAGAGGCUUUGCACGUCUUGCCACGCCCGACACGGCGACCACACGUGUGCCGAGUACAAAGACAUUGCGUCCGGCGGCCGCGCGGCCCUCGAGAAACUGAAAAGGGAACUCGACAUCAGGGACUGUCCCAAGUGCACGACGCCGAUCGAGAAGACAGAAGGGUGCAACCACAUGACUUGUGCGGGCUGCAGGGCACACAUCUGCUGGGUGUGCAUGGAGGUCUUUGAGUCUAGCGACCCGUGCUACGGCCACAUGAAUGAGGUGCAUGGAGGUAUUGGACUUGGACUCGACUACUAUCCGAGGAUUUGGUGAUUUUUCGCAUGCUGUGCUACGUACUUUGUGGUGAGUUGGAAAUGUAACCCAGAUGAUACAGUG